UUUCAUUGAUGCUGAUGGCCAUGUAUUUGAAAGUCAUUAUUGUUUCUCUCCGAGUAUAGCAAUGGACGUGACGACACUCCUCUGCACAACUGCCGUUUUCGCCAUUUUCCUCAUCUCACUUACAGCUCUCAGACACGCGCCGCCGAGUCGCCGCCGUCGACUGCCACCGAGCCCCGGAUCGCCGCUUCCCGUCGUCGGGCACCUCCACCUCCUAAAGCAGCCGCUCCACCGCACUUUCCAGCAAUUCGCCCGAUUGCACGGCCCAAUCUUCUCUCUCAAGCUCGGCGUCCGCAGCGUCGUGGUGGUGGCGUCGCCGGAUCUGGUGGAGGAAUGCUUCACUGCCAACGACGUCGUUUUAUCCAACCGCCCUUGGGUCCUCGUCGACAAGUACAUCGGCUACGACCACACCACCAUGUCCGGCGAGCCCUACGGCCCCAAGUGGCGCGCCCUCCGCCGCCUCGGCGCUCAGGAGGUCCUCUCCGCCGCCCGCCUCAACGCCUUCUCGCAGAUCCGCCAUGACCAGACGAGGAAGACGCUGAAAACCCUAAUCGUCGAUUCCAGUAACGAAAAUUGGGAAUUAUUGCAGCUGAGGCCAUUGCUCUUCGAACUCAUAUUCAACAUGAUCAUGAGAAUGCUCGCCGGAAAGACAUUCUCCGGCGCCGGAGAUCGUUUCCGGGAGAUGGUUAGCGAGGUUUUCGAGCACGCCCAGACAUCAAAUCCUGAGGAUUUCUUGCCCUUCUUACUUCUAAUUGAUUACAGAGGAUUGAAGAAGAAGAUGUCUGCUCUUGGUAAAAAAUUAGACAAUUUUUACCGGACAUUACUGGAGGACCACCGCCGGCACAAAUGCGACACCAUCAUCGGCCAUUUGUUAUCCCUGCAACAGUCCGAUCAACAUCUCUACACCGAUCAAAUCAUCAAGGGGUUUAUUACCAACAUGAUCAUUGCGGGGACGGACACGUCGGUGGUGACAUUAGAAUGGGCCAUGUCCCUGUUGCUCAACAAUCCAGAAGCUCUCCACAAGGCCAAACAAGAAAUUGAAUCCGAAAUCGGAUUCACCCGUUUGAUCGAAGAACAAGAUCUUCCCAAACUGCAGUACCUCCACAGCAUCAUCCUCGAAACAUUCCGGCUGUUCCCGCCGGGGCCACUAGUGGUGCCGCGGGAGUCAUCCGCCGACUGUAAGAUCGGCGGCUACGACAUCCCAUGUGGCACCAUUGUAUUGGUAAAUGCAUGGAGCAUCCACCGUGACCCCAAAGUUUGGGAGUCGCCGACGAUGUUUAAGCCGGAGAGGUUCCAAGGCCGGAAGGAAGUGGAAAUGAAUAAGCUGAUGCCAUUUGGCAUGGGCCGGAGGGCCUGUCCCGGGUCGGGCUUGGGCCACCGGAUGGUCGGGCUUGCACUGGGGUCGCUAAUUCAGUGUUUCGACUGGGAGAGACUUGACCGGAAGGAAAUUGAUUUGAGCGAAGGAGUUGGGCUCACCAUGCCCAAAUUGAAGCCUUUGGAAGCUCUCUACAAGCCGAGGCAGAGCAUUGUUAAGAUACUUCAAAAUAAUUAAUUCACAUAUACUUUAUUAUAAAUUUUAUUUAUUACCGUUUGAAUUCCAUGGCAAUCCUUAGGUCUUGCAGCACCACAAAGGCAGGCAGAAAUUGUCUUUCAUUCUUGUAGUAUGCAUUGUUUUGAUUUGUUUGGA